AUGUCGCAUCUGACUCUGAGCAUGCGUGGUGUCAGGUUUUCAAGAAUGUCUCAGCCAACUGUGAUGACAUGCAUUGGACAGGAAGAGCAUAAAUUGAUUGUGUAUGAUGAGACAAUUGCAAUGGGAGACUCUUAUCGAGCUGCAGGGAAAUGCAAAGAAAAUAUUCAGUACUGUAUUGCUGAGCCAUUUGGUGAUGUAGAUGAAGCAGUGCGUAUCUACAAUUUGUUGAUUACCUUGAAGCAUCCAAAUCUACUCUCCCCAAUUGGUCUUUGGGCAUGUCGUGGGGGUGAUUUCAGAAAAGGGGAAGUUAAAGCGUUCAUAGCAUUUGUGCCCUUUGACGGUGCUCUGGUUGAUCUUUCAAGGGAAGAAAUAUUUUUAGUUGAGGGCAACAGCUCUAAAGCCAAAUCUUAUGGUUUCUUGCCUCAAGGUUCUAGACUGUUUUGUGACAUUCUUAAUGUUGUCGACUGCAUAAAUGGGCAGUAUGAAAAUGCCAAUGCUGCAACUUCUUUUCCUUUACGUCCACUUAAAGUUAAUCCUGGAAGAAUUGUAUACAAAAGAGUGGCUGAAGGCGAGUAUCAUGUGUUUCUAUGGGCAGAUUUCUUAAAGGAGUUCCCAAGCCACAAGAGGAAGAAAACCAAAAGGGGACGCAAAGAUCCAACAGCAGAUGAUGUUCGAUCAAUGGAUUGGUUGGAACAUAUCUCCAAAACUUUUGGAGUAGGUUUGAGCUUACACCAAAUCAAGAAUUAA